AUGAAGUGUUUCUUCAUCUGGCUUUCAGUCAUUAGCACGCUAUUGCCUCUGGCAACUGCCUAUGGAUCGCGAGGUGCCGUAGAACGCCUCGUCUACUACUAUGCUUACUUAGCCGAUGAACUCGUCAAUGCUGACGGGGCGCGUACGGUCGCCGUCGGCUGCCGUGGCACCCUACCCGGCAAUCGUUGUAACCUGGACGAAUUCCUCAAGUACAUCUGGAGUCCGUUGCCAGGCGAGUCUCCGACACCUCCGAAUCCAAUGGAUCUCGGGUAUAAAAAGAAGACGAAUUUCGAAGAUAUCACGGUGAAAUCUCUUUACAACAAAAUUGUCAAGUGGAGGGACCCCGUUGAUAAACGCGGUAUAACCGGGAACAUAGACAACACAAAGCUCCUUCCUGGUUCAACAGAUUUCUACGACUGCCUUGCGAGAAUAGCUAGGCCCAUUGGUAUGCUCGGCAUGACAACUUUCCCUGAUGAUAAAACCAAACGGGAUCUGGCCAAGAAGAUCGUUGACAAGGGCAAAAUGGCUGCACAAACGCUGUACGAAUUUCGCUUGAAUGACUUCGAUAAGCACCGUAUAUCCCACUUGAAGGAUAAACUGGGCGAGGAUAAUAUCAUCCAGAAGCCGGGGAGGGACGUGGUAGGCUUGAUGCCUAAUUGGCAAACCCUUGACGUGGAUGCAACGGCUGCUAAACUCGGGAAAGGCGGACGGGACACGCUGGAUACGGCAAUAAUGAAUUACUAUAUGAUCGAAAAGGCUAGGGACCACCGCGCAGCGUUGGUUGCGGCCGACCACGCCCAACAGCUGAGCGGAUGCCCGUUAGGUGCAACGUAA